AUGCCACUCAAUGCCGCCUUUGAAGAUGCAAUCCGCGUCACCCCAGAAGGCGCCAACAAGUACAGCGCCAACCUCCGCCCAGAAUGGUGUAUUGGAACCGUCCCACACGGCGGCUACACAUCAGCAGUCCUAUACAACCUAGCCUUAACACACUUCGCACACGCCCACCCAAAGCAAUACUCCACCCCGGCCUCACCAAUCUCCCUUCAGUUCUCUUUCAUCCGCCGCACAGCAGCCGGCCCCGCAACCCUAGAAGUCGAAGACAUAAAGCUCGGCGCCCGCACAAGCACGAUCAACGUAAAGCUUCUCCAACCGUCCGAGAAACAACCAGAUAAACUCGAGAUCAAAGUUGUCGGCUACAUAACCGUCAGCCCUCCGGACGCGGAGGUCGGCAUCAGCGUCCCAACGGGCUGGAAAGCGCACCCACAGCCAGUCCCAGGCUCACUCCCAGACGGGCAGAUAAACUUCACCCAGCUCGCGGAAACAGGCAAAGAUGGGGCCUGGUCGAAAUCCGCGCCUCCAUAUCCCGAAUUCCGGCGCGCAGCGACCCAGCUCGAACUAUACGGGCCUGGAAAGGGCGAGACCCAGCAGCAACGAACUGGGUCUAUGGCCAUUGACCAGUGGGCGCGGUUCAGACCUUGCGGCGAUCAGAAUGGGAGGUGGACGGAUGCUGCAGUUGUUUAUUUGCUCGAUAUGUUCCCUAUGGCGCUUGAUGGGUUUGAUAGUGUUUCUGCGAAUGCGGUUGCAAAAGAGAGCGGGAAGAGUGUUGAUGAUUUGAAGGCUAAGUUUUGGUAUCCGACUGUGACAUUGAAUAUUGAUAUGAAGAAGCAUUUGCCUGCUGCGGGAGUUGAGUGGCUUUAUAGUCGGAUUGUGACGAAGGUCGUUAGAGAUGGGCGGACUGAUUUGGACGUUACUGUUUUAGAUCAGGAUGGCGAAGUUAUUGCGUUGAGUACGCAGGUUGGCUUGGUUGUUAGUGCUAGCCGGAAUCUGGGAACGAGGAAGAUGGAGAAGUUGUAG